AGGCUGGGUAACGCUAGCCACACUUGUAGACAUCGUUGAGCUCCCGGGUCGUGAAUAUUGGGGCUGCCGGAGUAUUUUUGAAGAAACUUUUCGUUCUGAAGAGGGAAAAAAGGAUUGUCUCCUACGUCUGGCUACCAGUUGCAUUUCCUACCAGUGCUGGGGAUUUAAAAUCUAAAAGGCCGUUCAGGUUUUAUUUUUAGAUUUUUUUUUUUUCGUUUUUGGUUCGAUAACUAGUUAGUCACGUAAAGGAAGAUGGGUUCGCAAUCGUCCAAGGGUGGAAUGACCAUCGAAACAAAAGCCGCCGUUGCCGACCCGACUGCCGCUAAAAUUAAUGGCCAGGAGAACGGCCAUGUCAAGACAAACGGCGACGUGUCGGCCAAGCCCGACGGAGACGCCGCCGCCGCCGCUGCCAACGGCAACGGCUCCGCGGAGGCGGCCGCCAAGGAGGCCGAGACCGGCGCGGGGGACGCCAUCGAGCCGGCGCCCGCGGCCGAGGGCGAGGCGGCCAAGGCGGAGGGCGGCGAGGCCGCGCCCAAGGAGACCAAGAAGAAGAAGCUCUUCUCCCUGAAGAACUCCUUCAAGUUCAAGGGCAUCACGCUGAAGAAGUCCAAGAAGCCCGGCGCGGAGGCUAAGGAGGAGGCCGCCGCCGCCGCCAAUGGCGCCGCCGCCGCCGCCGGCGAGGAGAAGCCGGCGGAGAACGAGUCCGCGGCGCCGGCGGCCGAGGAGGAGGAGGAGAAGAAGGAGAAGAAGGAGGAGGAGGCGGCGGCUCCGACGACGGCAGAGCCGGUUGCCGCGGCAGCAGCAGCAGCAGAGCAGGAGGAGGUCAAGGCGGAAGCCGCGCCCCCCGCGGAGGAGGCCAGCGCGGCGGCCGAACCCGCCAAAGCCGUUGAGGAGCCCCCCGCCGUCAAGGCGGAGGAGCCCGCCGCCGCCGCCGAGCCGGCUGUCGCCGAGCCCACCGCGGCCGAGGACACGACACCCGCGCCCUCCGAAGCCAACGACGAGUGACCGCGCGCUCGCCGAGGACUCUGGGAACUGUUGUUUUUCAAGAUUAAAAAAAAAAAACAAAACAAAACAAAAAAAA